CACGAGAGCGUGAUGGUGAACGAGUGUGCUCGGACUACGAAAGAUGUCACUUGAGUCGAUGCAUCCGCGUUGUCGACGGAAGUGAAGGCGGCCAUGUUGGAGGUCUUUUAGGUUGGUUUUAUCGACAGCACGUUGUCGGAACGGUAAACCACCAUGCAGAUCUUCGUGAAGACCCUCACGGGUAAGACCAUCACCCUCGAGGUGGAGGCCUCUGAUACCAUCGAGAACGUCAAGGCUAAGAUUCAGGAUAAGGAAGGAAUUCCACCGGAUCAGCAGAGACUCAUCUUCGCUGGCAAACAACUAGAGGAUGGACGCACCCUUUCAGAUUACAACAUUCAAAAAGAGUCUACCCUCCAUCUGGUACUUCGUCUCCGAGGUGGUGUUAUUGAACCUACACUACGUAUACUAGCACAGAAGUACAAUUGUGACAAAAUGAUCUGUCGCAAGUGCUAUGCUCGUCUUCAUCCACGAGCAACUAAUUGCCGUAAGAAGAAGUGUGGCCAUACAAAUAAUAUCCGACCAAAGAAGAAGCUGAAGUAAAUUAAGCACGGCACGAAUUCCAAUUUCCAUGUCAUGGAAAUGGAAUUAUAUCUUUCUUAUAUAUGACAUCAAUAAACUGGUAAACUAAU